AGUCGGCCGUCACGCUAUGCGUGUCAAUACGCGAGAGACCGCGCGUAUCGCGGUUCGCCGCUUACUGGUUAUUAAGCCCCGGGCUCACCGUGAGAGCCUCGUUGUUAGCUUUGAGCUACGUUAAAAAGCUCUCGCUUUAUGUUGGCAAGUACCAGGCGAGAGGCGGGCAGUCAGGUGGUGUCGCGCAGGUGCGGCCCGCACUCGACCUGGAGCCGCAUUUGCAGCGCGCCGAGCCGCGGCCACCACGCGGCGGGCGGCCUCUCGCCUCAUCGCGCUCAUGGAGCCACCGUGGGAGCUGGAACUCGAACUGCGACGGCACAUCGAAAAUUGCGCUUGUACCUGCGACCACAUGGGCUACGGGAACUAUAUGGACUACCAGAUUGCGCCUGCGGCGCACGCCUGUCUGUGCCGUGCAAUUACUUCGCCGCACGCCCACGCUGCUGUUCCCGAAGGCAUGACCUUUCCUGGACCACUGCCCGAUGUAGCAGAGAGAUGUGGUCGUUGGGCUCCAGAUUCACUGUCAGCUUCAGCGUCAGGUAGUUCAGAUGAGAAACCUACACCUCGUCGUCCACGUUGGAGAAUAGCUUUGGCCGCACUAGUUGUGUUAGCUGGUUUGUGUGCUGCACUAGCAUUGCCACUCGCUUUAGGAGGUGGUGGUCGUGCUACACCAGAACAACGGCUCACGACCAUACGCCGCAUGUUACGAGACUCUCCGCUUGUCGACGGUCAUAAUGAUUUGGCGUGGAACGUUCGAAAGUUUUUACAUAAUAAAAUUGGUGACUUCAAUUUGAGCGCUGGUCUGGAAGGAUUAGAGCCGUGGGCACGUUCGCGCUGGUCGCAUACUGAUAUACCACGAUUAAGACUUGGUCAGGUCGGUGCUCAAUUUUGGUCGGCAUACGUCCCGUGCGGUGCGCGGGACAGAGAUGCUGUGCAGUUAGCUUUAGAACAAAUGGAUGUUAUUAAACGAAUAGUUGAGAUGAAUGCAGCACAUUUAGCACUCGUCACGGACGCGGCUGAAUUAUUAGAAGCGCAUCGAGAAGGUCGGAUAGCAUCAUUAAUUGGUGUAGAAGGAGGUCAUGCUCUUGGAGAUUCCCUUGCAGUUUUACGUGCAUUUUAUCAACUUGGCGCUCGUUAUCUAACAGUAACACACACGUGUGACACAAAAUGGGCACGAGCAGCUGGUAGCUCUGGUGGUCUUACAGAGUUUGGACGAGCAGUCGUUCGAGAAAUGAAUAGAUUGGGUAUGGUUGUCGACUUGUCUCACGCCGGUGAAGAGACAGCGCGUGAUGCGUUAGAAAUGUCGCAAGCACCGGUGGUGUUUUCUCAUUCGGGAGCAGCCGCGUUAUGUAAUUCAUCUAGAAACGUGCCCGAUGAUUUGUUACGUAUGAUCGCAGCGAACGGGGGAGUGGUCAUGAUUAACUUCUAUGCAAAACUAGUGACGUGCGGUGAGCGUGCAACUGUUGAAGAUGUUGUGGCACAUAUUAACCAUGUUAGACGCGUUGCUGGCGUUGAACACGUAGGCUUGGGGGCGGGCUACGACGGUAUUGAUGCUCCACCUGAAGGAUUAGAAGAUGUUUCUCGAUAUCCCCACUUGCUAGCAGAACUAUUACGAGAUCCCGAUUGGAGUGAAGAAGAUGUCCGCAAAUUGGCCGGUAUGAAUGUUGUACGUGUGUUACAAAAUGUGGAGCGCGUACGAGAUCAGUGGCGGCGUGCUGCAGUUCUUCCUGGAGAAGAAUCAGCAGGUGUGCGUCGUGGAGACUGCGUUUACGGACCCGCGUGACGCAGGCUGCGAGCCGCGCGCUACCCGCGGCAAUUAUCGUACUGCUCAAUAUUGACAUUUGUUGAACGUAGUUAUACUUGUAUUAUUAGUGUCAACAUGUGAUUUAGCGAAUAAUCUAGUUACGGAAGUAAUUGCGAAUCAUUGAAUGAUAAGAGUAACAGCUAAAAACUGUAAAUCUCGGUAGGCAAAACAAAACUUUUUCAGUUUACAAACAAAUUUGACAAUGAAAAUUAGUGUCUUAAAGCGUUCCUACGACAAAUAAUACAUAAUUAUGUAUAUUUAAAGAGUGUAUUAUUAAAACCAAAUUAAUUUACAUUAAAAAAUUUAAAUACGAGUAAUUCCUCAAAGCAAUAAGUACAAAAUAAUAAAAAUGGGAACCAUUAGAUGUAGAAAAGUGUAGGUCUGGCCACGUUGUAUGUAUUGCUACUGAUGCUUGGUAAAAAUUUACGGAGAGGUUCAGAACAUUUUAGAAUAUUUAAAAUGAUGCGUUGCUGUUAUUGUUCCAUGGUGGUAAUAACUUUCAAUACUAUCUUGACCUGAGACCUCAUUGCACAAAUUGUUUAGCUAAGGACAGAGCACACUGGGCGAUUCGUCUAGGUGCGUCCGCGUCUGCCCGCUGAACUGUUCUCCAUCCAUGCACGACUUCCUUGACGAGAGCCCAAUGUGACAUUUAAGAAAGUAAA